GUGUGGCGCGUUUGCUCGUUGCACUUACUGAUCGCAGUGCCAGUGCGCCGGGCAAUGUGGAACCAUUGUGGCUGUGCAUGGGAUAAUCAUAAACGUUUUUAGUCUGGCUCCACGCGAGAGAAGAACGGAAACUCCAUCCAGCAAAACAAUAGCACGUGUGAGAUCCGUCCCGGUGUGUUGAGCAUGAGCAUGUUCGCGUGCCAACGGUUUUGAAGGUUGGCAAGCAACGAAAGAGUGUCGAAAUCUGCCCCAAAACAAAGGCACGGCCAAGUGUUUGAGAGUUAUUUGGAAAGGAGGCCACGGUACGGCAGCAUGACGACAUACGUGGAAGUAAAUAUACACUCCGACCCUGAAGAGGAAGAAGAGACCCAACUGGAGCUACAAUGCAGUAGUCAGCAGAAUCUUUUGCCGAGCAUCACCAACCUGUCCAAUCCUACCUGCCUUUUUACAUCCGGUGCAACAUCGGCUACGGAAUCGUAUGGCAAAGCCGAAAAGCGGAAGCUUAUGUGGGCCACAUUGUUCACUGUGGCCUUUAUGAUAGCGGAGUUCGUCGGGGGAUAUCUUUCCGGCAGCCUCGCUAUCAUGACCGAUGCGGCGCACCUGCUUUCCGAUUGCAUUAGCUUCAUAAUUGCCAUCCUAAGCAUCUGGAUCUCAAACCGUCCUCCGGAUGGGCGGAUGUCCUUCGGCUACCGGAGGGUAGAGGUGCUCAGCGCGUUGCUAUCCAUCUUCGGCAUUUGGGCGCUGACGGCGGUUCUUGUCGUCAUGUCCGCUAAUCGGCUCAUCGAAGGCCACUACGAGAUUGAUGCAGACACCAUGAUCAUUGUGGCCGUACUGGGUGUUGUCAUGAAUGUAGCGACCGCCUUCAUUCUGCACGGUUCAUGUAGCGUUGUACACCAUGGCCACAGUCAUGGAGGGCUCGGACAUAGUUAUGGUGGUGGCCAUUCCCACCACAGUCACUCGUCACCCGCACGGCCACGAGCAAAAGCUCAACAGCUGACGGUAGCAGGCCUUCCCUUAUCGCGAUCCUGUUCGCCGAUACCAAAGCGCAUACCCCGGACAUACUCAUGUGACGAGAAGAAGUGCGAUAAGAUGGAGCAACUCAUCAUUCAGAACUAUCCUCCGAGUCCCCAAACGACCAGCCCUCGAUCCUCAAGGCAUAACUCCUUCGCACUCACGUCGGACAGCAGUCAACCGAAUCUCGACACGAUACUAAGCAGUGCACGGUUAAAGCUGAACAAGGAACACCUUCGCCACCGGAUGAGUUUCGACGCGAACAUCAACUCACCGGAUCUCAUUUGCUCGAGUAAGGUAGGCUAUUCACGCAUCAGUCUCGAUCCGGGCUCUUCCCGCGGUCACAGUGACGAAGAAGCUGGUCACAGCGACACGGAACGAUCAUCUUCCGCCGGGGAGCACCAUCACCAGUGUUCCGACUCUUCGGCAGAGGAAGACAGUAGUAAUCUUAACGUCCGGGCGGCGAUCAUUCACGUGAUUGGCGAUUUCAUACAAAGCAUCGGUGUGCUGAUAGCGGCAGUGGUCAUAAAGUUAGCGCCCAACCUGAAGGUGUUCGAUCCGAUAUGUACCUUCGUGUUCUCGGUGAUCGUUCUCGUGACGACGGUACGCAUUUUCCGAGACUCAAUGCGCAUCCUGGUCGAUGCCGUUCCUAGCGAUGUUACGCUGGAAAAACUGUCUGAAGAGUUGGCGUUUAUUGAGGGCGUUAAAACGGUACACGAUCUGAAGGUGUGGAGUGUAUCGACCGGCUGGAACGUCAUGACGGUACAUCUAAUGAUUGAUCCACUCGCCAAUCCGUCCGAUAUACUGGCAGCAGCUAACCACAUAGCGAGGAAGGACUUCCACAUCAAGCACAGUACGGUGCAGAUAGAGAAGAUGCACUUUUAAACCCGACUCGCUACGCGCUGGUGCCCUUGACACUGCUAGUUGCAACCCCGAAGGAAGGAAGAUACCGGCUUUCUUCAUCCUGUACAUAGCCAAAAGUAUUUCUAUAUUUUAGU